GACAUUUCAGUGCCUUCUGUAAAGAUCACAAGCCCAUCCAGAAAGUACCAAGAAAGAGUAUAGUGACGCGCAUGAGCUGUGCGAUAUGUCUAGAGAAGGACUUGAAUGAUGAUGUGGUUGGUGGUUUUCUAAAAGGACCAUGUUGCAAAGAUAGUUUUUUUCACAGAGAUUGCUUACAGAAAUACGCCUUGUCCAGCGGAUACUUCUUUCGAUGUCCAACUUGCAAUAAUGAAAAGGAAUUCCUAACAGAGAUGAAAAUUUAUGGUAUCUACAUCCCUGAAAGAGAUGCUCUUUGGGAAGAUGGAGUCACUUAUGCGGAUCUUCUAGAAGUGAACCGUCGUUGUGAUAGCAGACAUUGUUACUGCCCGAAAGGAAGGCAGCAUUUUGGUCAAUGGGGGCGUUGGAAGUUAUUUCGUUGUGAGAUAUGUGGGCAUUCAGCUAUUCACAAAUACUGUGGCGAUUCUCUUGAAAUGCAUAUGUAUCCAUAUAAAUGUGACAUUUGCCUUCUUGUGGAAAACAAGGGGAAGUUCGGAGAUAUGAUCGAAAGUUACACUAAGAAAUGUUUUGUUCGGUUGACAGAUAUUAUGACUGAUAAGGAAAAAAGCGAAUUUAGGUGCGAAGGAACUUUAGUGGGCGGGAGCAACUCUUUCUCUAAUUUGUUUCGCUCACAUAGUAGAAAGCCUCGAGAGAAAAGUCUGAAUCUUCUCGACGCUGGCAAUAAUUUAAACUUUGGAAAAACAGUUAAAAGAAAGUCUCCAAAAGCAAGACGACUCAAGCAGACGGCCGAGUUGAAUAAAGAAUGCGAUGAAAUGAGAUCGAUAUUCCGUGAAAGUAUUGAUUUUCAUAAAGGUUUUGAAGAAUCCGCUAACGAGGCACGAGGUUCUUUAGGACUGUAUCCGAAUCACAAUCUAAACUGCAAGGCAUUAUCAAUGUCAAACAACAGUCGACAGGCCAAGUACCCUCGUUUUCAAUGCGAGGGUUUGAAAGAGAACCAGCCCUCUGACACUGUGCGAUUGAAAUGUGCCCUUCAUAAAUACAUAGAACAUAGGCUUUCUCUAGUAUAGUGUUUUUAUUGACUGUUUCGAUGCACAAUUGUAAUGUCAUUUAUUCACCCUUUAUAUAGUAGCGCCAUGGUAUCAUUGAGGAUCAAUUGUGUUAUAUAGGCCAUAAAUUCCUAUUGAAGCCAGGUAGAUAAUUUCAUAACUGAUUUGCAGUAUUAGCUUAACUAUUGUUAUCAAAAUUAGCAAAAGUACGAGUUACCAAAGCCUGUUAUCGUAUAUAGAAGCCAAUUAGUUUCAAAGUUUUCACGCUAUUUAAAAUAUUUUCACUGUAUUUUUUGGUUACAGAACAAUUAAACCCUAUAUUAUAUCUGAUGGCAUAUGUCAAAUAAUCCUAGCCAACUUCCUCUUGGCACAGUUUUUUCUGUCUUUUUUAUGAAAUUUUAAAUAGGUACCCGUGUGCCAAGGUUUUCACCAUUAACAUGCAGAUUUUACCUAUGUCUCUUUGUCAUCUCAUCUGUCACUAUGAACUCUUUGUCUGAAGCUUUUUUUAUUUAAGCAAAAGCCCUUUUCAUACCUAAUUUUAAAUUUCAGCAAGCCCUUUGGAAAUUGAACCAAGCAUUUAGCUGCCACCCCUAGAUCCUUAGAAUGCUGCGAAACCCUUGGCAAACACCUUUACCAUCGUAUAGGUGAUGGUUAGCCAAGCAACCAGGAAGGAUGUUAAAAGUUGUUUUCCCCUUAAGAUAAUACUUCAGCCGUUAAAAAUUGUAAUUUAGAGUUUUCUGCUUCUCAGAUUUUCAGGAUUAAGUUAGAGUAAAUCACCGGGUGUAUUAGAAUGAAUAAUCAAAACGAUGUGUUUCAUCAAGCUGUUAGUAGCUAAGUUGCUAUCGGAUAAAAUUUGUACAUUUGUAGCACAAUAUCGUUAACUGGUCACUUUUUUUACUGCACUUGUAUGAUAAUAUGGCUUUUACCAUUUAAUUUAUGUCAGAUGUCUUUUGUAUCAUAUGUUAUCUUUGAAAUUGAAAACGCUGUAUAAUUUU